AUGUUUCUUUUAGUAAUGCUUGCAAUAAUUGCCGCGCCGGUCAGAUUCGCCAAGCCGGCCGAACUCUUGGCGGAUUCCAAUAUGGGGUGUUGGCAAACGGCCGAACUAGGAAUGCCCGGAAGAAGUCCCUUGCCCCAUAUCAAUCAGAAUCACCCGACUCGAGCUGGCUACAUGCCCAAGAAGUUCACCAAUAUACAGACCACGCUCGGUGCGAAAUCCUUGUAUAUGAAGACCGGUGAAGCGGCGCGACUCCUUGAAAAUAAUCUGUUCUCUCCAAGUGGCCGCGAACUAAACGAUUCAAUCAAUCGCAAGCUUGCAACCAGUCCGACUGAUGAACCCUUGGGGAAUGAAAGAAGCGUUCAAAAAUGUGGAGCUACGGAAACACAUCCACAUGAUCAAGUUUUCAAGGAUGCCAAGACCAGUCAGCCAAGCGAAUCCGAAACGUUCGGGCAGCCUUCUGAAGAUGAAGGUGUCAGGAUACUUGAAUCAGACGCUGGAUGUGCAAUUUCUGCCCCCAUUGCAUGGCAUGCUACCACCGUGACUGCCUUCGAUGGUGGUUUCUAA